AUGAUCUGAUCGUUUAUUGUCGAAUUUAUUUUCUUAUUAUUUUAAUCUUCUAAUAAGAUCUAUUGUUCGAGUCUAUCGAUUUCUCGAACCGAAAUUCUAAGCUUUUCUUAACAAAAAUGGCGGCAAUGGGGAACGCAUGUCAAGUGAUUUUGCGAUGUUCUAUAAAUAUAUAAUUUCAAAUAAUAUCAGAACAGUGAUAAAAACUGGCAACUAAAACGGAGUGUCAAAAUAGUACCGACAACGUCGAACGUGGCGUUGAGGUUAUGGACAACUUCGUUAAGAUCGAAAAAAUAGGGGAAGGGACCUAUGGAGUGGUUUAUAAAGCGAAAGAUAAGGUGACUGGGAAGCUGGUGGCACUUAAGAAAAUUCGACUCGAGACGGAAAGUGAAGGUGUUCCAUCCACUGCUAUUCGAGAAAUAUCAUUAUUAAGGAAACUUACUCAUCCAAAUAUUGUUCAGUUGUUUGAUGUGGUAGAUGGUGAUAAACACCUUUAUCUUGUUUUUGAAUUCUUACAACAAGAUUUAAAAAAAUUACUCGACUCGCUUAAAGGAGGAUUAGAUCAGGCACUUGUAAAGAGUUAUCUGUUUCAAUUAUUGAAAGCAAUUUCCUUCUGCCAUCUUCGUUGUAUUUUACACAGAGAUUUAAAACCACAGAAUUUGUUAAUAGAUCGGGAGGGUCAUAUAAAAUUAGCAGAUUUUGGAUUAGCAAGGACAUUUGGUGUUCCAGUUCGUACAUAUACACAUGAAAUAAUAACCCUGUGGUACAGGGCACCAGAGAUACUUUUAGGAACUAAAUUGUAUUCCAAUGCAGUGGAUGUUUGGAGUCUUGGUUGUAUAUUCGCAGAAAUGGCAACCAGGAGAGCAUUGUUUCCAGGAGAUUCAGAAAUAGAUCAGCUUUUCAGGAUAUUUCGUACAUUAGGUACACCUGAUGAAAGUAUUUGGCCUGGAGUAUCACAGCUACCUGAUUAUACGUCAAUGUUUCCAAGAUGGGAACCAAGAUGUUUAGAUGAAGUUGUACCAUCGUUUGAUUCUGAUGCCAAAGAUUUGCUUUUGAAACUCUUGACUUAUGAUCCAAAUCAGAGGAUAACAGCGAAAAAAGGAUUAAAUCACCCUUACUUUACUGGAGUUACAUUAGUACCACCACCACUGCCAAAGAAAAAUUAAUCUAGAUGUAUUGUCAUAAUUUACUGUAUUUCAUAGGUUUUCUUUCGACAAGAAACACUGCCAAUAAUAUAAUUAUUGAAAUCAAA